UCUUCCACCUAUUCUACGGGAGACAAAAAGGCUUCACAGUCAGGAAAAGCACAAGAAAGAGACGGUGAAAAAAAAUAAUAAAAAAGUAGCUCGGAAUCGGCAAACGACAGUAUCGUGAUUUUUGAAACCCUAGCGAACUUCUUCUUCUUCUGAAUCUCCGCUGUUCGAUCUCGAGGGUGGUUGGAUGCCUCAAGGUGGGGCAUCACUGCGGUGAUAGCCGGCUGACGGGACUGGCGGCUGAGGUAGGCAGCUCUGGACGAAGAUGGCACUGUUCAGGAGGUUGUUCUACAGGAAGCCGCCGGAUCGGUUGCUGGAGAUCUCCGAGAGGGUGUAUGUGUUUGACUGUUGCUUCUCCUCCGAAACUCUUAGAGAUAAAGAGUACAAGGAUUACCUUGGAGUUAUAGUUUCCCAGCUUCAAGAUUACUUUCCUGAUGCCUCAUUCAUGGUAUGCAACUUUAGGGAAGGGGAUAAGAAGAGUCAUAUCUCUGAUAUUUUGUCGGAGUAUGAUAUGACAGUUAUGGACUACCCUCGGCAAUACGAAGGUUGUCCCUUACUUCCAUUGGAGAUGAUCCAUCAUUUCUUGAGGUCUAGUGAGAGCUGGUUGUCUCUUGAAGGGCAACAUAAUGUUUUACUGAUGCAUUGUGAGAGGGGAGGUUGGCCUGUUCUUGCUUUCAUGCUCGCAGGCCUUCUUCUCUACAGGAAGCAGUACAAUGGGGAGCAGAAGACCCUUGAAAUGGUCUAUAAGCAAGCCCCCAAGGAAUUGUUUCAUCUCUUUUGCUCGUUGAAUCCGCAACCUUCUCACCUGAGAUACUUGCAGUACAUAACCAGACAAGGCAGUGGGUCAGAUUGGCCUCCUAAGGAUAAACCCUUAAUGUUGGAAUGCAUCAUUCUUAGGGUUGUUCCACAAGUUGAUACUAUGGGAGGUUGCAGACCGGUUGUUCGAAUUUAUGGCCAAGACCCUCUGAAUCCUACGAACAGGAGCUCAAAGAUACUUUUUUCAACUCCAAGGACCAGAAUAAGUGUUAGGCAUUAUAGACAGGAGGAGAAUGCAGACCCAAAAAUAAGUGCUAGAUGUCGUGUUCAAGGAGAUGUUGUCCUUGAGUGUAUCCAUGUGGAUGAGGAUUUGGAGCGAGAGGUGAUGAUGUUCAGAGUCAUGUUUAACACUGCGUUUAUUGAGUCUGAUAUACUAUUGCUGAACAAUGAGGAAAUUGAUGUUGUCUGGAAUGUGAAGGAUCAGUUUCCCAGAGAUUUCAAAGUAGAGGUACUCUUUUCAGACUUUAAUGUGGCUAAAUCUGAAAUGAACUUAGAAGCAGCAACUGGAGGUGAUGAUGAUGAUGAUGGUGACUUCGAAGGUGCUUCCACAGAGGAGUUUUUUGAGGCAGAAGAGAUUUUCAGCACCUCAGAAAUGCAUGCAGAUACUCAGAUACUUCGUACAAAAAGUGCAGUGGAUGACAAUGUUCCAGAUUCAGAAAUUCAUGUUGUAGCUGAUAAAGAUGUGAAAAAAUUAGAAAAUGGCAUUACACAGCAGAGUUCCUACGGUUCCAUCAAUGGGAGACCAGAUGAAAUUGAUAGAACUGAUGCACUGGUUGAACUUACAAAAAUAGAAGUGAAGGACACAUGUGCAACCACUGAUUCUGGACCUAAUGUUACUGAAAAACUUAUUAUGCUGGAUGAUGUGUUUCCACUUGAGGAGAAGAGAAUGUUAGAAAGCAGUAGUUUGUUGGGGAAAACAGAGGCUCUUUCUUCAACGGUUGAAGAAGAAUCUUCUGGAGCACAAUCUUUCGAUGAUUCUGAGGCCAAAACAUUUUAUUCAUCAGUAAUAAGCAAUUUCUUCCAGAAGACAAGAACUAUAGAUGGCGAAAUUGGCAAGUUGGAGAACCUCGCACUGUCAAAUGGAAGAAACAACAAAAUAGAAUAUAGUGUUUCUGAAGAGGGUAUGGAUGGCUCUACUGCUAAAAGAACAUUUUUUUUUGAUAGUAGUGCUAUGAAUAGCCUUGUUACACGGGAAGUAUCUUUUUUGGAUGGCAGGGAUCACGACUUAACUAGUCUAAGUGUGGUUGAUCAUAAAGUAGAAGAACUACAUACACAUGAUUCCCAGCAUGAUUUGAAAAUUAAGGUAGAGGCAUAUUCUGAUAGCUGGUUGGAAACAUCAUCUGCUACCGAGCGGAGAGAAAUUGGACCAAACUUUACUAUUUGUGAUAAAGCAACUAUUAGUGAAAAUUUGAUAGCAUUAGAUGAGGCGAAUGAGGUGGAAAGGGAGAAGUUAGCAGAAAUCAACAAUUUCAUGCAGAAAAGUAGGGUUCUAGAUCCCUUACUCAUGGAAGAAAGGAGUACAGGAGACCCAAUCCAUCUUGAAUGUUUAGUCAAAGGAGCUUUUUACCAGAAUGAUGGUGAGGAUGUUACAGAUGACAUGCUCGAUACCCACGUUUCAGAUUCUGAAGAUAAGGGUGCAUUGGAAGUAACUGUCUCGAAAAGUGAUCUCGAUAUGAUUUCUAUAUCUAGGAAAUCUAUUGUAAGUGAUGUUAAUCAAAAGUUUGGGUUGAGUGACGCUGCAAGCAAAAGAAUUUGUGCUGCAGAAACUGUUGAUUUUGAAAGAGAAAGUAAUGGUAGCGUUUGUGAAGCAAGGGUUGAGGCAAAGUUUACAAAUAAGAAGACGGGAAGUAUUACUCAGAGGCAGAAUAAUGAGAAGGUUUUGCCUCCCAUGAAAAAAUUCCCAACAAAUAGCCGGCCUCCUUCUAAUCCUGUCGCAGCUAAACAAAAGAGUAGCCAUCAAGAAGCGACAAACUUACAUGCAAAAGCAGCCAAAACUAAAAUUGUUGCUCGGUGGAUAUCACCCCAAAAGGCUUCUGAUUUGACAUCAUCAUAUAGGCCUUCUCACCCUCCAUCUAGAUACAACAGUGCACCACCUGCUUUAGCCAUGCCCUCGGUUCAGACAAAUGAUGAAAGUAUUAAUGUUAUGGAUCGUUUAGUAGACUGUAAUUCUUUGGAUGGGUAUGUUUCUUCAGUGGGCAGUGUGCCAUCACUUUCUCCUCCAUUAAUAGAGCCUUCGAAACAUGCCCUUGAUCAUUUAUCAAUUUCAUGCCAGCAUACAGCUGCCCAUUCUCCUGCAUUGCAAUCUCCACCAUCUCAACAGCCUCCCAGAGUGCCAUUAGUUGAAACUCACAGCUUGGGCACUAAAUUAAAAAAUUCUUCAACCCAAACUUCUCUCUCCCCUCGAUCUCCAUCACCUCCACCUCCACUACCACCUCUUUCUUUGCCUCCAACUUCCAAUCCACCUCCUCCUCCAACUCCACCUCCUCCUCCACCAUUGCCAUUUGGAUCAUCCAUCAAAGGCCCAUUUUCAUCUCCUGAUUCAUGUAUGGUUGAUGUUACAUAUGCCAUAGGCCUUCCUUCCUAUGCAACUACUCAACUUGUGUUUCCUGCAGCAAAAAAGGCAGGCCCGCCGCCUCCUCCUCCUCCUCCUCCGCCCCUUCCACAACCUGCAUUCUCAGGAAGAUCCAUCAAAGAUGAAUCUCCUUCGCCCCCUCCACCACCCACUGUCUCAGGAUCAUCCAUCAAAAUCUCAUGCCCUCCUCCACCUCCACCUCCACCUCCA